AUGCCGCAAUUAGAUCGAGCGAAUCAAGUCAAAAAUUCUGAUUCGGCACCAAUUAUCGUUAAAAGUGCAAUUCCCAGAAAAAGACAAGACUUACUAAAAUGGGAUGGCUGGGGUUACAAAGACUCCCAAUUCUUGAUAAAACCGGGAGUGUCUGAAGUCCGAUUCACCGGAAAAAGGUAUCCCAUAAGUGGUUUACGGUUGCCACACGUACUGGGAUGGGCGAAAAACGUUCUGAAUCUGGAGUUGAUAAAUGGACCUCACAACAAGUCUAGCGACACUCCGUCCGAAGAUCACUAUCCCAAACCCAAAAUCGAUCCGGACGUUUUAGAACAAAUUGAUAGUCUUGGGAUACCAUAUUCAACUGAGGUCAUCGACAGAGUGGUGCGCGCGCACGGCCAAGCCCUGCACGAGAUCUACGCCGUGCGCUCCGCCACGUUGGAGCGCAUCCCCGACGUCGUCUUGUGGCCCUGCUGUCACGAGGACGUCGUGCGCGUCGUGCGCAUGGCCGAUUCGCUCGAUCUCGUGGUUGUGCCCUUCGGCGGCGGUACGGCCGUGUCGGGGGCCACCGAGUGUCCUCGGGGAGAGCGGAGGACUGUUUUGUCCUUGGACACGUCUCAGAUGAACAGAAUUCUGUGGCUGGACAAAGAAAACUUAGUUGUUUGCUGUGAGAGCGGCAUAAUAGGGCAGGACCUAGAAAGGGAAUUGGGCAAAUUGGGAUACACGACUGGUCACGAGCCAGACAGCUACGAAUUUUCUAGCCUGGGAGGAUGGGUGGCUACCAGAGCAUCCGGCAUGAAGAAGAACGUGUACGGCAACAUCGAGGACCUGUUGGUGCACGUGCGCAUGGUAACGGCCAGAGGGGUGCUGGAGAGGCGGGGCCAGGUGCCGCGCAUGUCCUGCGGCCCUGAUUUCCAUCACCUGGUGCUCGGCUCCGAGGGAUCGCUGGGAGUGAUCACCGAGGUGGCGUUGAAAGUGCGGCCGGUGCCCCAGUGCAAGAAGUACGGCUCGGUGGUGUUUCCCGACUUCGAGUCGGGAGUCAGGUACAUGAGAGAGGUAGCGAAGAAACGAUGGCAACCUGCUUCCAUAAGGCUCAUGGACAAUGAACAAUUCAAAUUUGGAAUGAUCCUUAAGCCAGAAGCAAGUUAUUUAGAAUCGGUUAUGGACAAACUCAAAAAACUGUAUAUCACGAAAGUGAAAGGUUUCGAUGAAGACAGCAUGUGCGUGAUGACGCUGCUGUUCGAGGGCGACAAAAGCGACGUGGACAUCCAGGAGAAACGGCUGUACGCCAUGGCGCAGGAGCACGGAGGGAUGCCGGCGGGGGAGACGAACGGCGAGCGGGGGUACAUGUUGACUUUCGUCAUCGCCUACAUUAGGGAUCUAGCCCUACAGUACGACGUCGUUGCCGAAUCGUUCGAGACGUCAGUUCCGUGGGACAGAGCGAUAAAUCUAGUCAGGAACGUGAAGAGGGUGAUCGGCGAAGAAUGCCGCUUGGCCGGCAUCACUCACCACAUCAUCAACUGCCGAGUGACUCAAACGUACGACGCUGGAUGCGUCAUCUACUUCUAUCUCGGAUUCAACCAUGCGGCCCUAGGCGAUCCAGUGGACAUCCACAAUAGGUUGGAAGAGAAGGCUAGGGACGAAAUAGUGGCGUGCGGGGGCAGCAUUUCCCACCACCACGGCGUGGGCAAGCUGCGGAGGAAAUGGUAUCCUCAGACUGUCUCCGAUGUGGGCGUUGACCUCUAUCUCGCCGCCAAGAAGCACCUCGAUCCGAAGAACAUCUUCGCCACCGAUAAUUUGGUGCAGUCCAAGUUGUAG